AUUUUCUAAUGAUUCUAAUACUCUUGGGUGUAAUUUAAUUCAUUUAAGCAUCAUCAGAAAACAAUUAGAAACCAGUUAAUUUGAGUAAGUUUGCCAAAGUAUUUGAACAAUAUGUAUGAUAAAAAUUAUAUAUUGAGAAUCAAUCGAAUCAAUUCAGCAAAUCAUUAUUUACUCAAUUAAAGUCCAAAGUUCAAAAUGGAGCAACUAUUUAAGAUCUUGAUGACCAUUUUGCAGAAUUGGUUGGCCAUUUAGAAAAAGAUGAAUUCUCACAACAAUAAUUAUAUUAGGUUGAGCAAGCUAGAUUGGAAGGAACAAUCUUGUAAUUAGAAGAUGAAUUAAAAUAAUUAGAGGAAUAAAAUGCAUAUUUAAUUUAAAAAUAGGAGACUUUGAAUGAAGAAGCCCAAUAAAUUGAUGUGUUAUUUAGUGCCAAUCAUGAAGCCUACAUUUAAAAAAUUGGAGAGUAAUACACUUUAAUCGAAGCCAUUGAUGAGUUAAUAUCAUAAGUUUAGGAGAAACAGACCAUCAAAGAUGACAGUGAUAUUAUGGAGAAGUUGAAAUAGAUUAGUGAAGAUCAACACAUUAGCAUUUUGGCAUAAGUGACUGCUCAUUUAGAUAUUGAAUAAGCAGAUAAAAUCUUAGUUCUAUUCUAGGAUUUGAAAGACUCACUAAAAGAAGGAUUAGAAGUGGAUGAAUAAAAUAAUGAAUUAAACGUUAAAUUGCACACAGAAAUUAGACAAUCCAUAGGCAGGUAUGGUUUAUGAAUCAAUUAGUUUAGUAUGAUACCUGAAACACUCAUUUAAUAAGAAGAAAUCCUCAAUUCUAUAAAAGAACAAUAAAAUACUUUAGAAAUUACCAAAUUGGCUUUAGAAAAGCUUAAGUCUGAUAUGAAUGAAGUUACUUCUGAUAGGUAUUAAUAUUAUUAAAUCUAAUAGAAACUUUGCUUUGCUAUAGAUUUAAUAGGCCAAAUCAAUUUUAUAACACAACAUUCAAGAUCUAUCGGAUUCUAAAUGA